CGUUAAGCAACAUAUUCAUAAAAAGUUGUCUAGCAAUCGAAUAAAUAGAUGUUUUUCGUCGCGCUGGUACGAAGUAUGAAAUAAUCGCUCUGCGUGUGUGCUACCAAAGAAACCGAUUCUUUAGAUAUAUCUAGACUAUAUAGUAUAGAUCCAUCAUGGCUACCGAAACAACGAAAAUGAUCUACACGCCUCCGCCACUGGACGUCAAAAUGGAAAUUGAAAUCGGUGAACAACCCCAACCACCUGUGAAGUGCUCAAACUUCUUCUCGAACCAUUGGAAGGGAUUGGUGGUCUUCCUGGUCCCUCUGCUAUGUCUGCCUGUAAUGCUCCUGAACGAAGGCUCCGAAUUCCGUUGCAUGUACCUGCUUAUGGUAAUGGCCGUGUUUUGGGUGACAGAAGUCUUGCCUCUCUAUGUCACCUCUAUGAUUCCCAUUGUGGCUUUCCCAAUAAUGGGUAUAAUGAGCUCCGAAGAGACUUGUAAAUUGUAUUUCAAAGAUACGCUUGUGAUGUUCAUGGGCGGCAUCAUGGUGGCCCUUGCUGUGGAAUACUCCAAUCUGCACAAGCGUCUAGCCUUGAGGGUAAUCCAAAUCGUGGGCUGCAGUCCCCGAAGAUUACACUUCGGCCUCAUUAUGGUUACCAUGUUCUUGAGUAUGUGGAUCUCGAAUGCCGCCUGCACUGCGAUGAUGUGUCCCAUUAUACAGGCUGUGCUGGAGGAGCUUCAGGCUCAGGGAGUCUGCAAGAUCAACCACGAACCUCAAUACCAGAUCGUUGGAGGCAACAAGAAGAACAACGAGGAUGAGCCACCAUACCCCACCAAAAUCACGCUUUGCUACUAUCUGGGCAUUGCCUAUGCCUCCUCGUUGGGCGGCUGCGGAACCCUCAUCGGAACUGCCACCAAUCUCACCUUCAAGGGUCUCUACGAUACACGUUUCGCGAACUCCACCGAAAAGUUGGACUUUCCCACUUUCAUGUUCUACUCGGUGCCUUCUAUGCUGGUGUACACCCUGCUGACAUUCGUGUUCCUGCAGUGGCACUUCAUGGGCCUAUGGCGUCCCAAGAGCAAGGAGGCCCAGGAAGUCCAGAGGGGCAAUGAGGGCGCCGAUGUUGCCAAAAAGGUUAUCGAUCAGCGCUAUAAGGAUUUGGGCCCUAUGACCAUCCACGAAAUUCAAGUGAUGAUUCUGUUCAUCUUCAUGGUUUUCAUGUACUUCACUCGCAAGCCAGGCAUCUUUACCGGCUGGGCUGAUCUGCUGCCCUCACAGGAUAUUCGUAACUCUAUGCCUACCAUAUUCGUCGUGAUCAUGUGCUUCGUCCUGCCUGCCAACUACGCCUUCCUGCGUUACUGCACAAGAAGCGGUGGCCCAGUGCCCACAGGCCCUACUCCCUCUCUAGUCACCUGGAAGUUCAUCCAGACCAAGGUUCCAUGGGGUCUGGUGUUUCUGUUGGGCGGUGGUUUUGCAUUGGCCGCAGGCAGUAUUAAGAGUGGAAUGGCCAAAAUGAUUGGCAACGCCUUGAUUGGACUAAAGGUCCUGCCCAACGCUGUGCUCCUGUUGGUGGUUAUCCUGGUGGCCGUGAUUCUGACGGCAUUCAGCUCCAAUGUGGCUAUAGCCAACAUUAUUAUUCCAGUGCUGGCCGAGAUGUCCCUGGCCAUUGAGAUUCAUCCACUGUACCUGAUUCUGCCUGCUGGUCUGGCCUGCAGUUUGGCCUUCCAUCUGCCGGUCAGUACUCCGCCCAAUGCUUUAGUAGCAGGUUACGCCAAUAUUAGGACAAAGGACAUGGCCAUCGCUGGAAUUGGCCCGACCAUAAUUACCGUCGUUACCCUGUUCGUUUUCUGCCAAACCUGGGGACUGGUCGUCUAUCCAAACCUCAAUUCUUUCCCCGAGUGGGCACAAGUCUACGCCGCUGAUGCCUUGGAACACAAGUCGCAUUAAAUAGUUAGUACAUAGUGUAAUGUAAAACACAGACCGUCGCAGCGAUGGGAGAAUCAAGAAAUUUUAGGGAAUUGUAAAAGAAAGUGCCUUCGUUGACAGCGAAAAUUGUGAAACAAUAUUUAACUAUACUUGCAUUUCUGAAUUUCGAAAUGUUUUGAUACGAAAACAUUAACUAUUGUUUAGCAAAACGUGUUGAAAAGAUAUGUCAUACUAAAUUGUUAAUCAGGACUUGAGCUCCUGGUUAACGAACUCAGCUAAAUAAUUAAAUUCAAAUUAAUGUUACUUAACUGUUGCAUUUAGCAAAAAGAUUUCAAAAAUUUGGGAAAUUUUGUUCUAGGGCAGCACUGGCUUGCCAAUAUUUUUAUUAACUAGACUGAGAUAACGUACAUAUUCAUGCUUUGCAAUGUGUAAAAAAAAUAAUAUGAACAACUUACUCAAUACUUGAUUGCAAACCGAAAUGAGCACACAAAUAGCCUUAGUAUAAGCUUAAAUGAUACUGUGUAAAUUUGCAAAUGAUUUAUGUUUUAUAUAGUUUGUAAUAAAUAUCAAAUAAAUAAAAAGCUCAAACAAUAA